UUACGUUAGUGGCCGAAGCCGAGGCGGCCAGCCAGCGGGGCAGAGCGGGUCUGAAUGGGUCUCUGUGUCUUUGAGAGGUGAGUCAGGGGGGCGAGCUCUCCGUACCGCAGGGAGCGCGGCUGAAUCGCUUCAAUCAGGGAGCGCGCCUCCGUCGGAUCUCCUCUUCCUGCCGUCACACCCACCCGCGCUCGGUGUAGUGGGUUCACUCCGUGGGAGGAAAAAAGGGGGAGGACCGACAGCUCAGCGCGGCGACAAGUGCUGCAGUACGAGCGCAGCGGGGGACUCGGAAGAGGAGAAAAUAUCCACACACAUACUCACGCACACACACGUACACAUACCAGGUUUAUUCCUCCAAAACCUGGCCUAUGGAGAGAUCUGCUGCAGCGCCAUAGCGACGCAGGCCGACAUGGAGGAAUAUUUGCGGAGGGUCCAGAGCAGGCUCGGGGCAGGUCUGCCUGAGGGCCCCAUCCAUGCUGUCUUAGGUGGACCAGAGCCUGAUGUUGAUACUGUGGCUGCAACUCUGUGCUUAGCGCUGCACCUCAGCCAGAAGCAGCCCUCAGGUGGAGUGUGUGUACCCUUGCUGUGCAGGAAGCAGUGCAGCACCGAAUUGCCGGAAGAGACCGUCAGGUAUUUGCGCAGGGUGAAAAUUAGUGAAAGCGAUUUGUUAUGGAGGGAAGAAAUAGACCUAGUGAAUCUUCAUCGCACUGGAAAGCUUUUGCUAACUCUGCUGAGAGACGGCCUGCUGGAGAGCUCUGAGUACCACGCUGUGGAGUCCAGUGUCCUGCGAGUGGUCCAUCAGGACGGGCAGCGGGACGCAGCGGAUGAUGGGGGAAUGUCGGCCCUGACAACAGUCGCCAGAGAGAUUCUUCAAGACGCAGCGGAGCAGAGCAGAGCAGCGCUGGGCGAGCUUCUCGGAGAUGCCUUGGAGCUCGUCAGAGAAGCUUUGUGGAUCAAACAGGAUUCUGGCCCAGAAGAACUGGAGGACCUACUGAGAUCUUUGGAGGAGUGGGGUGAUGUCACUGUUGAUCACCCCGAUGCAGUGAAGCAACGAGAGUUAACUCAGCUGCUGAUGGCGGAGCUGAAGGAGUUCACAGAUGGAGAGAUGACCCUCGCCCUCACGUCCCUGACCACAGACCAGGAGGACUGGCAUCAUUACAUGGAUGACCUGAAAUUAUUCUGUCACCAGAAUGGCUACGAUGCUCUUGUGGCAGUUUUGUCCAUCAGUGAUGCAGUUCAUCACCCUCGCCACCAGGUGGCUGUCUACUCAAACAACACAGAUAUCCUAAACCAGAUCUGCGCUGAGCUGGAGGAGUCGUCCAGCUGGUCUUUUUCUGGUGAAACAGAAGAAAGGGAAAAUCUCCAGGUCUACCACAUUCCAAUAAUCACAUCCGGCCCUUCUGGUACUCUUCCUCUGCUGCUGGAAGACGUCCAGAGCAUCCUGAAGGACUUUGUGAACCGGCGAAACUCUGUAUUAGGCUGCCACCCCAGCAGCAGGACUUCCUCCACAGAGGGAGUAGCAGGCAGCGUGGAGUUUUCCCAGGGAUCAUCUGGCAUCAACGACAUGGACGGAUCUGACACAGAGAGGGCAGAUGGCAACGGAGAUGUGGCAACAGAAGCAAGGGAGAUUCCAGUGGGUGAAGAGGAGAUGGGAGCUGUGGGAGUCGGUGCUAGUGGGGAGCUCUUGAGCCCGGACAGCGGUAUGACCACCAUCCGCAGCAGCCGCUCCUCCAAGGAGAGCUCUGUGUUCCUGAGUGACGACAGUCCAGCAGGUGAAGGUCCGGCUGGCGGACCAGGACUGCUCCUUCUGAGGAACCCUUCUCCUCUGGGGUUUUCAUCUCUCUCCCCUCCGGUCCCACCUGAGAGGAGGAAGCACCGCUCCAGCAAAAAUAAGAAAGACAAUUUCAAUUUAUUUAGCUUUGACCCACUUCAUAGCAGGGACCAGCCACUGCCAGCGGAAGGAGAACUGGUGGAUUCUCUAGAAGGAGUUGAUGAAGUGGAAAGAAGAGCUGGAAGCUCUAGCUUAUCAGAGCUUGAUGAGAUGAGCUUGAUUGAUUUCUCUGCUCCAAACUCUAUAGGAGGGCUAGAAAGUAGAAAUUCGUCAAUUGAUCACCACGGUCAGAUCUACGGGAAUGAGAUGAUGGACACAAUGGUUCCUCCAACUCCCGUGAACAGCCUGGUAGGUAGCCGCCCGCCCAGCAGUUGUGGUGUCAGGUUUUUCCCAGAAGAUGUUGUCGAGAGGAUCAAUGGCCUACAGCACAAAGACAGUGUAUCAUCAUCCCUAUCAGAGACUUGGGAUGACCUGAGCAGUGAAACACAAGGAGCAGCUUUCUCCAGUGACAUUAGUGCAUUAAAUAAGGUUAGUAGCUCAGGCAGUCCUCAGAAUGUUUUAAAUGAAGUAAAAGACUCAAUGGGUGAUGCAACAGAAAGAGAUACUGUAGAUCAAAUAUCAAAGCCAGGUGCUUUGUGUCAGAGGGCAAAGACUCUUGAACCUCAGCUUAGUUUGAUCACUGAGCAGACUGAAACAUGUCAAAACUGGAAUCCAGACUAUGUUCUUAGGGAUCAGUGGGACCCUGCAACCUUGGCUGAUCUUCAGUUAACGCCACCUGAAGAUGGUGUGUUUUUAAAACCCAAUGCUACUGCAGAAAAACAUGUAACACCCUCUGUAUUGAAAAAGAAACUCACCCUAGACACUUUAACACCAGAAACUUCUAAAGAAGAGGAUGAAGGUAAAAGACCAGGCCAACAAAUGGAGCUCCUAGACUUUUGGACGUACUCGGCCCAAAAGGGAUUUCUGAAAUCCGACAGCAGAACCACCACCUCGUACCCUGAAUCUCUGGAUAUGUGGAAUAUGACAAUUAAGGACGACAGUUUCUCACCUCUGACUACCCCAGACAAUUUAUCUGAAAAUGCAGGAUCCUUUAGUGGGCUGAACUCUGUUAUGGGGAAAGAUGCAUCACUGGAAAGUCCACUGGGAUAUUCUGAUGGUGGCAUGGCGAUGUGGAACACCACCAUUCAGGAAGAAAGCUCCUCUACAACAACGACCCCCGAAGGACCUGAACAUGAAAAAGAUCUGCCGUGUGUCGGAUCGUUGGUAGCUAAUUCUUCUCCUGAGACUGAGGAAAAAGGGGACCUUCAGUCACCCGAAGAUGAUGAGUGUAGAGGUGUUGAGCACAAUGUGAAAAUAGUCAUAGAAACAGCUGACAGUGGAUCACAGGGGGAGGAGAUGCAAAGUGUUCAGAGAGAGCUUUUAGAAACUGGAAUUGGGAACUUGGGUUCUGCACAAUCAGAUGUUGAAUCUUCACCUCACAGAAGCACUGACCUAUGGGAAUUACCUGUUCAUGGCAUGGUCACAUCCACCUCUGAAUACGACAAUGUCGGAGCUGGGGGAUGGAGCCGGGCAUCCUCCCCUGACAACUUUGCCAGCCCUGUAGUGGACCUGAUACACCUAGAGGAGCAAUCUAGCCCUUUUAUAGCAGUACCCAGACUUUUUCAGAAUCAGAGAACUGAUCCUCUGGGAGAAACACAGGCAGAUCUAGACAGAGAUCGUACAAAAAACCAAAUAUUUGUAUUUGACAAAGAGUUUGAUAAUCUUACAGGUAGCACAGAAGGUCCAGUUGAGAGUAAGUCCAAAAACACCAGCAGUGAUGUCUUUGAGGAUACUGAUUGGAUGGAACAAUCCAGUGAGCAUUCUCCAUUUGUUUUAGUAGAUCAGUCUACUGUCACUCUGCUCGUUUCAGAAAAUCCCAGAGAAGAUGCUAAAACCCAAGUUCAGACUCUCCAGUCACUUUCUCUAAGCCAUUUUGAUGGAGACGGCCAUCUAUCAAAGAGACAUGAUGGAUCAGACUCAGCCUCAUCAUUAGAUCUGACCAUCAAAAUGGCCAACAAUGUACAGGAGGGAUCUCCAGCUGAAAACCAAGAGCUGGACCAAAAAGAAAACAAAAUAGUAGAAGGAAUAUCUUUGAGCUGUUCUCCAAUGGGCGAAAGAGAAACACAAAGUAGCCCUAGCAGUUUUCACUCAGGUCAUCAGAAUUACCAUGAGACCAGUUCUGAUGGAGACUCAUUCUCAACAUUAGAAAUGGAGUACAUUGUCAUGCCUGGAGCAGUAAAGGAAACUAACAGGGAGUCUGCAACUGAGAUUACACAGGAAGACAAGCAAUCUAAAGUAAAACGGAGCCCCAUGGAGACAUUCAGCAUGCUCUCCUAUGCUGCCACUGCACUGAGAUCUCACACCAAAUCUGCACAUGAUGAACACCUGGAGAAUACUCAGCAAAGCAGUCGACAACAGACCAGAGGAGCUGAAAGCAAAUCCAUGUCAUCUGAUCCUUACCAAUCCAGCCUUGAUUAUAACCCUGACCAUCACAUACUGCCAGGAACGUCCACCUCUGACCAAUCAAAAAAGAUCUCUGAAGCUUUCCACCAAUCAAAUUUUAGACAAACAGAAGAAUCAAACUCUGAAAAUGAGUCUGGGUUAGCUGCCAAAAGUGUGUCUCCUUCCCUAAGAUAUCCGUCUGACCAUUUCCUGAAGACCAGAGAGGAAGUCUAUGUCCAUUCACAGAUCUCCAUGGAGGAUUCUGAUGAAGGUGGGCAAUCACCACUGGCUCCUCCACCAAGCGCUGCUUCUUUGGCUGACUUUAAACUCUGGGGAGGCCAGUUAGUCAGUCAGGACGCACCUCAAGCAACAUCUGAAGCCCAGUCCCCAGCGCUCUCUAACAGUUCAGUCUCUCAAAACAGCUCACUGGUAAAUUCCCCAGUAAAUGAGCUGUGUUUUUCCACUGAUAAAGGACUUGGCUUACCAUUUUCUGGAGAUUUAAUGGAAGAGGAGCAUGAAGAUGAUGAUACAGAGUCCACUGCCCUGCCAAAAUGUUGCUCAGAGGAACCACAUGAAAGAAAAGAAAGAGAAGAGUUUGAACUUCCUGACCUCUUGAGUUUUACUGAGGACCUUAUUGAAGCUCCCAUGUUUCAACAAACAGAUUUAGAAACUAUUGAACAAAAGAAUGAUGGGUUUCUAGUAGAGGCCUACUAUGAUUCACAAUUUAUAAGGAUGGAGGAGCAACAGAUUGAAGAUCAUGAAGCUUCUGGAGACAUCGAUUCACCUGUUUUAAGACACCAAGACAGAAUGUGUCAGUCAUCAUCUCAGUCGAUUAAUGAAAAUGCUGCAUCUGCUGUGAACACAAGUCUUGUUCAAAACAAGUAUGGGUACAACUACCAUCACAUCGACCAAAGAACUGAAAACCAGCAUGUUCACCAACCCUGUGCGAUAACCAAGCCUGAAAGGCCUCAGAGCACCUCAGACGUUUACGCUGAGUUCACAACCGAUGCACAAGCUGAGUAUUUCAGAGCCGAGCAGGUCGAGAACCAAACUGGAGCCAGCGCCCAUCAAAGCCUGCAUUUUAAGUGUCAGUACAUCACUGACGACACACAUGUGGAAGGACCCACGAGCAGCUCCGAACUCCAGUACUCUCAAUAUGAAGCUGGUGGAAACCUCGGGACAGAAGAUAGUGCUCGAUAUGUAUCACAAGGAUAUGUUCACUUUCGUCUGUCAAGAAACUUCCAUCAAGGAGAAGGUGAAGCAGCAACGAUAAUGAAGAUGGACUCCAGUGAAGAAGCAGCUGAGAAGCUGGAAGACAGAGAAGAUCCCUCCUCUUCAGCAGACACUUCAGCUGGAUCAAACCAAAGGAGGAAGCUGUCGGCUCCGCCAAUGAACCUUUCACUGGAGCGCAGUGAAGAGUCUCUUCUGUCAGAAGAUGCUCUGGACACGGAUGAUGAUGCCUUGGACACUGGAGACGAUCUGGAUGCCAGCAUAGAUGGGAUAGACACACCUGAUGAGACAGAUUCACUCGAAAUGAAUGUCCAGGAGUCAGAAGAGGCUGGUUUGGGAGCAGGGGCAGCGUCAGGUGAUGCCGCAGCAGAGCGUCGAGGAGAGGAAAGGGGAGACGACCGGCUGUGGAGGAGUGUGGUGAUUGGAGAGCAGGAGCAUCGCAUUGAUAUGAAAUGCAUUCAGCCAUACAAGAAAGUCAUUUCCCAUGGAGGUUACUAUGCUGAAAAGAAUGCCAUCAUCGUGUUUGCAGCUUGCUUCCUGCCAGACAGUGAUUGUGAAAAUUAUAACUAUGUCAUGGAAAACCUUUUUCUGUAUGUAAUAAGUACAUUAGAGCUAAUGGUGGCAGAGGAUUACAUGAUCGUGUACCUGAAUGGAGCCACUCCUCGAAGAAGAAUGCCGGGUUUCACCUGGAUGAAAAGGUGCUACCAGAUGAUAGACCGAAGACUGAAGAAAAACCUGAAGAUGUUCAUCAUUGUCCAUCCUUCCUGGUUUAUUCGAACUCUGCUGGGACUCACCAGGCCCUUCAUAAGCUCAAAGUUCAGCAGUAAGAUCAAGUAUGUUCACAGCCUGCAGGAACUCGGAGAAAUAAUCCCAAUGGAGUACGUCCACAUUCCUCCCAGCAUCAUGAAAGUGGACAAAGGGAAAUCAGCUGUUUGAGAAGACACUUGGCUGCGGCCUCGUUUCUCCCUGUAUUUUGCUGUACUGUCUGCCACAGCAUGUCCGAGUAUGAAAGCUUGCAGCAUGAUUAGUGCGGCACAUAGUUGUCGCCUUGCAACUAUUGGUGAAUCGGAGGGGAUGGUGCCAUAAAGCCAACAUGGUAUGAUCUUUGUGGAGAGUUUCUGAUUAAAGGGUUCAUAGAUGUUGGAGACUGUCACUGUGCUGAAAGGGAGGAAAGCUUUGUCCCAUUUUCACACCACUUAGCUACAUUCCCUAUCUCUUCCUUGUGUUUAUUUAAAUAUAAUUAACACAUUUACAGCUAUUCUUCACUGUAUAUUAAAAGGUAUUUAUACUAUUGUGUAUUUUCUGAAGUCACAGCUGCAGUUUGAACUCAACAUUCGCAGAAAGCGUCUGCUCUCCCUCUACCAUCAGGGUAUUGUGCUGUGUUAGAUCUCUAAGAAGUCUCUGUUUAACUAUUAAGCAGAGACUAGCUGUUUAAUCUGUUUAGACUAGUCUCAGUCAAUAAGCUUUUGAAAAAACAAUAAAUUGGACUUAAAUAUUAGGACUAUUUUAUAAUCUGUGGGAGCUGCACUUGCAUGAUGUUGACAGGCAGAGGUGGUUGACCCCAUAAAAGAUAAGGACGUUUUGUUGACUACGAAGUUGUGGUUUUUUUUCUGUGUGCAGACAUGUAAGUCAACACUUGAUUUGUUUAUUAAUAAAAUGAGCUGCUCUACACUCUGUCACUGUGAAAACAUCCACAUGGUCAGCAGAAUUUACUGUGUUGAAAUCGAAAGGUUGUCAGAGAAAAACAAUUGGAGUGGAGUUUCCCCAUGUUCCAAAUGUGCUCCAUGCUUUCUGUCAGCUGUUUGUAACGAUCACUUAUUGAUGGUGACAGCAAAGGGAACAUGGCUUCACCACUGGCGUCAUUAUGAUGAAUGUGAGGUGUAGUCGAAGUUCAACGUUUGUGUAAGAUGAACAACAUUGGACGACAAACUUAAGUACUUUAUGUUCCUUCAUACAACGAUAAUAGCCACGGUGGAGACUCAGUAAUGUGUGCUUUUACUCAUAAAUGCUAAUAUGUAACUGGCAUAUGUGGUGGGAAAAUAAUUAAUUUCCCACCACAUAUGCUGAUCUGGUUAUAUGAAAUGCUUGUUAACUCUCACCAGUUGCAGGUUUGGGCUACACAAAGGCUGGAAGGUGUUUCCCUAAAGCUACAAGGGAAUUAGACUGUUUCCAUGUUUUGGAUUCCUUAUCCCUGGUAUAAAACUCACAUGUUGACUCUGGCUGACAGAGAUUUUCAUUCAGAACCUCUUCAUUAUUGAUUGUCUUACAAGCUCUCUGUACAAUACAAUAUACAAAUAAACCUGACAGAGAUUGGAAAUUAUUUUUUUUGUUGUAGAGAUCAGAAAAUUGUGCACUUCAAUAAAUACAUUUUCCUCCCAAUCAUUAGCUUGUUGUGUUUUA